AUGUUCGUAAAUCACAAUCUCAUCUACAGUCUCAGAACCAUAGAUCCAUUUAAUCCAGAUCAUACUAUGGUUGGAAAUUAUCGUCAUCGUAUCCAUGGUAAAGGAAAAGUCCGCAUUCCGAAAGGAAUGAGUUCCGAAAGCAAUCCUUCGAAGAAGCGCCAUCGAGCUGCUGCUGAAGCAGCUCGUAAUGCUAGUCUCUCCACCGAGCCUUUAAUAGCUGUCGACGAUCGACCUUUUGAUAAAGCAGCGGACUUCAUUCUCGCUGAUAAUCUUGUAAGCUAUUCGGUUUGCAAAUUUUGA